GGCCAGGGUUGAAGCAGACUCAAGUCAUCAAUACAGCUUCAAAGGGCGACCCCCAUCUGAGUGGAUUAAUCCUCGAAUCUGGGUGGUGGAUUGACUCUUGGUUCGCUUGACCAUCUCUUGGUCUGCGUGGAGGUUGCGAUUGAAGUUAUUGAUAGUUCCGACGUCUUAACAACGUUUGGGUCGUCAAUCUGACUUUCUGGUUGGUGGGUGACGGUGGUUUUGGGGAACAUGACGGGUCAAUUACCGGUCUGUGUCAUUGACAUGGGCACCGGGUAUUCUAAAUUGGGAUAUGCUGGGAAUAAGGAGCCCCAGUUCAUUAUCCCAUCAGCCAUCGCCGUCAGGGAGACGGCCAAAGUGGGCGACGAUGCCACUCGUCGGCUGGCCCGCGGGGUGGAAGACCUCGAUUUCUUUAUCGGUGACGAGGCUAUGGAGGCCAAAGGCUAUGCUGUGAAGUAUCCAGUUCGCCAUGGGAUGGUAGAGGAUUGGGAUCUCAUGGAAAAGUUCAUGGAGCAGUGCAUUUUCAAAUACUUAAGGGCGGAACCCGAAGAUCAUUACUUCCUUCUCACUGAGCCGCCCUUGAACACGCCCGAGAACCGAGAGUACACGGCUGAAAUCAUGUUCGAGUCAUUCAACAUUCCUGGACUGUACAUUGCCGUUCAAGCCGUCCUAUCGUUGGCUGCCAGUUGGAAACGCCGCCAAGUGGGCAAUCGCACCCUGACGGGCGUGGUGAUUGAUUCCGGGGAUGGAGUCACCCACGUCAUUCCAGUGGCUGACGGAUAUGUGAUUGGCUCUUGUAUUAAGCACAUUCCAAUUGCGGGUCGAAACAUCACUAGUUUUAUUCAGACGCUGCUCCGCGAGCGUGAAAUUGGAAUCCCCCCGGAGCAAUCUUUGGAAACUGCCAAGGCGAUCAAAGAGCGAUAUGCUUACGUGUGCCCCGACAUCGCCAAAGAAUUCAGCCGUUGGGAUCAGGAUCCGAACAAAUACUUCAAAAAAUACAAGGGAGUCAACUCUGUGACCAAAAAGCCAUUCGAAAUUGAUGUCGGCUACGAGCGAUUCCUUGGGCCGGAGAUCUUCUUCCAUCCCGAGUUCGCCAAUCCGGAUUUUACCGUGCCCAUUUCCGAGACCGUCGAUCAAUGUGUCCAAAAUUGCCCGAUCGAUGUGAGACGAGGCCUGUAUAGUAACAUUGUCUUGUCUGGUGGGUCUACGAUGUUCAAAGAUUUCGGCCGAAGGCUCGAGCGCGAUUUAAAGAGGUCCGUGGAGGCUCGUCUGAAGAUAACCGAACAACUCAGUGGAGGCCGGAUCAAGCCGAAGCCAAUCGAUGUGAAUGUGGUCAGUCACCAAAUGCAACGUUAUGCCGUCUGGUUUGGAGGCUCUAUGUUAGCAGCCACGCCCGAAUUUUAUCAAGUUUGUCAUACUAAGGCGCAAUACGAUGAAUAUGGUCCCUCUAUUUGUCGUCACAAUCCGGUCUUUGGUACAAUGACAUAGUCGAAGCGUCCAAUAUAAGCCAGAAGAUCAGAAGCUUAAUCCUAGGUGUGGUUGGAUCCCAAUGAAUCCUGCGGACGCACUGGUGCUAAUCCCAUCUCUUAACCAAAACCGUCGUCAUGUUCACAUGGCACCCCAACACCUUAUCUGAUUCAUUUGCUCCUUAAACGCCAGUCCGCACGAGAAAACAACAACCAUAAUUAUAAUCAUAAUAAUAACAACAACUCCAUUGAUUCACCUAACAUGAUGCUUCAUUCUGAAAAGGGAUCCACAUGUCUAGGAGUCCAUCCUUCGCACAAUCUGAAACAACCAGAGCCAGUGAUACAAAGAAUCACUCUUGAAGCCGUUUUUCGAACACAUCAAAGAGAUGGUCUUGAUUCAUUUGAUUCGCCCAAUCUUCUAAUUGUUAUUUGUGAACGCCUCGCUUUGCUCUUCUCUUUCGUAUGAUCUUUUUAUACCCUCCCCCCCCCACCCACCGGACCAGAAUAGUAUUUAUAUUGAUUGAUUGCUGUUGGUUGCAUUGUUCUCAUCACACACUUCCAUCCCACUUUGUUUCCUUAGCUUCUCGUCCAUGUCUCCUUUUCCCUUUCCUUGGUUGACACCGCCACUCCCUCUUUUCCCUAACGCGAUCAUGAGCAGACCUACUAUUGAAUGAAGUCAACCCAUUGUUUUGUAACGCUAAUAAAAUUGUUGAUCAAUA